AUGUCCAACCCUUCGCAACUACUCCUCCUUGCCGACCAUAUCAAACUCUCUUUACUCGAGCGACAACGUGCCAUAUCAUUAAACCUCGACCCAAACCCCUCCCAAGAUUCCAGCAUCUCCCGAUCAUUAGAGUCGUUCCGCGAGGGUGUAGAAUCACUCGCUACCCGAUCCUCCGAUGUCGAAUCACUCGAUCAACUUCGGUCGCAAUACCAUGAUCUCUCGCGCCAAUUUCACGGCGAACACUCCUCUACCUUAGAGACGACGCUCUCAUCCCCCAACGAUGCCUCCUUGAAAGACGACUUCGAGAGAGCAAAGACCAGAAAGCCUAGCGAUGCAGCCUCACGACAGAAAGCCUCCAACAUCCGGAAACAAGAUGCCUCUCAACAGAGCCCUGCUAAAAACGUCCGGUUCCGAGAUAAUUCCAGCCAGGAAUCUCUCGACGCCCAGGAUGAAGCGAACCGAGCAAGUUUAUUUCCCUCACGGUAUACGGACGAAGAGUCCGCGCGAGCAGCGACACCCGAUCCGACGGAGUCAUUGUCGAACCAGCAGAUCCAUACAUACCACCAACAAGUGAUGGAAGAGCAAGAUGAGCAAUUAGACCGGCUGGGCGAGUCCAUUGGUAGGCAGAGACACCUGGCGAUGCAAGUUGGAGACGAACUCGAGGGUCAGAUCGCCCUGUUGGACGAGGUAGACCGGGGAGUUGAUCGCCAUCAAGGUCGUCUAGACGGGGCCAAACGACGCCUCAAGGGCGUCAGUCAACGCGCCUCGCAGAAUUGGGGCAUGACGACUAUCAUCGUCCUUAUUGUGGUCCUGGUACUUCUUAUUGUGGUAUUGAAAUGA